AUGAUAAGGAAAAAUAGGCUUUUCAUAUCAGUUACACUAUUACUGGUUCUGUUACUGAUUUACUAUUUACAAGUGGGUUCGUUGGUGCAGACGCAGAAUAGCAAUAAUGAUCGUUGCCUGCAUUAUUAUGAAGCUCUUGAAUCUGGAUGGUCGAAUAGGUUCUUCGGCGUAAAUCAAGAAAGUUUGGCUCCUGGAAAGGACGUGGUUCAAUUAGUGACAAGAAUCAAUAUUUUUUCUAGAUGUUUACAGCAGACUAGUAACCGUGAUGCUCAACUUCUACGAGAUAUUGAGAAGAGGCUAUUUCCGUAUUUAAAUUUCAGAGGAUUAGAAACAAAUGAAAUCAACUUCUGGCCCACUCAUACAAGAUGGAAUGGUGAAAUUUAUCAUGCCUCUGCGUUAGAGUUUGGCCAUAGAAACGGUCAUUUUAUUCGUUCUAGGCCCAUCAAGUAUGAUUCAGAUCUGUCUUUUUGGGAGAAUUGGCUGCAAACUGCAACGCAGACUGGUUCAAGAGGUAUAGUUAUUAGUGCUUCUGAUGUACAGUUGGAUGAGACACUGAGACUGUUAAAGGUUUUAAGAUCCAUCAAAAAUAAUUUUCCUAUAGAAAUUGUUUACAACGGAGAUCUAAGUCAAGACGCUAUUAAAUCAUUAGUCAAAUAUGCCAGGAAUCAGAACACCCCGGAGUAUCCGGCUCAAGAAAUAUGGUUUUUGAAUGUGCAUAGUAUGUUGAAUCCGGGAUAUUCCGACAACUUCGUAACAUAUUCCAACAAAUGGCUGGCAUUGAUUUUCUCAUCCUUUGAGAUUCCUAUCUUACUGGAUUCUGAUACUGUACCUUUCGUCUCAAUAGACACGUUUUAUAACUUAGAAGAAUUCCAAAGAACCGGGGUUUUAUUUUUCAAGGAUCGGAUAAUAUCCGAUGAUCUCUUUGAACCAUCUCAAGUAGAAGUUCUGAAGGAAGUUAUAUAUGGGUGUAUUGGACUUAAUUUGACGGAUGAAUCAACUGUACAUGACAGGAUUGUUAAUCACAUAAAGGAUCCAACGGUUGUCCAAGUGCUAGAAAACAUGCUGAUUAAGAAGUAUAAGCAUCAUCUGGAAAGCGGCCUGGUAAUAUUGGAUAAAGGUAGGCACCUCUUCAGUAUGCUUACUUCUUUGGCCUUACAAUUCUCUCCAAUUGCGGAAUACUUCCACGGUGAUAAAGAUUGGUUUUGGCUAGGUGCGUUAUUGUCAAACAACCCUUUUACAUUCUAUCCUGUGGAUGCGUCAAAUAUCGGUCAACUGGGGAACGUCAUCUCAAAGGAAACCACUGGCGAAUUUUACCAAAUAUGUUCUGUGCAGCUGUCCCACACAGACAAAGAUGGAUCAUUGCUAUGGCUAAAUGGAGGUCUUAACGUUUGUAAAAAAGCCUCGUGGGAAUAUGAUUAUGAGCAUAGCCAGAGACUAACUGCUAAUUUCCAAGAUGCGGAAGAAUUACGCAAAUAUUACCAAUCACCAGUGCAACUGGAAGGGAUUAUAAUACCAGACACUGAUAUAUCGGGAUGGGUCAAAUCGGGUGAAUGUUUCUUAUUCAACUACUGCACGCUAUUCAAAGAAGGACAAUAUGGAAAGGUAAUUAAGUUUACUGGUACCGAGAAACGCCGUUUUUCACAAAUCGUAGGCGUUUGGAAUGAACAAAUUUCUUAA